AUGAUCCACGACACUUUCACACACCUCCAAAUCGGCCUAUUUAACCAGGGGUACUUUACGACUGGUGACUUGGUUCGCAGUUUUACCCAGCUACUGGUCAACCAGAUCUUCGAACCCCUUGGUGCACCCGACAUUUCUCCAGAGGGGAUCAGCGCAAAAGUAUUCCAGCUCUUCGCUCAGUUCCCUCGUCAUGCGAGAUACAAUUUGCAGUUCUAUGGCAUUCGCUGCGGCCUCGUAUACGGCGCAAUGGCCGUCUAUGAGUCUGAAAUGCGUGACGGACAGUCUCGAAAGUUCCAACGCGGCCCGCCUGCCGAUAUUGGAGGAAGCACGACGAUUACCGGGAUCACGGCAAUCUGUGGUGUACCCGUCAGCAUGCGUAUGGAGCCUGCGGUUACGGGAAUCCGAGAGCUUGUCUUGGACUCGUUUGGACGGUUAGCACGCUUGGGACGCUUGGGACGCAAGGGACGACACCUGGCUGCGGGCGUUGGCCAGGUUCAGCAAAAGUUUCUGUCCCAGGUAAUCGGCGAAGCCAAUCAAGGUCUCCUCGCCAGUUACAGGGCACACCCCGUGGACCGCGAUUUGGAGGGCAAUGUCAUUCCUCCCUACAGCCCCGAACAACUAGCGUGCUUCAAGCAGACCGCCUGGGCGGUGUUUAAGUUGGUUUUAAGUGAGGGGGGCUGUAAGAUUGACGUUGAACUUCCGGCCACCGCACUCGAAGGACCCCCAUUUAAAAGGUGGCUCGACCCAGAAUCGCUGAACAGGAGACAUCUAUAUCCACUUCUAUCAGUUGACUACUAUUCAAAACUAGGUUUUGCGCCGUCGUACGACUACGGUGCAGACUCCGACCGGGUCGAGGACUCCGGGCGGAAGAGCAAGGGCAAGCACACCAGUGUUACGGGGGCCAAACCGAAGAGGGAUGUCACCGGGGUGACAGAGCAUGUGGCUGCCCACAACCUCCUGCCGCCCCAGCCCAUUCUCCCAUCUGGCAAGCUCAACCCCCCUGCCACCCUACUCAUUCCUUCCACCGAGGCUUCCCUUACCAACGGCCCCUCCGUCAAAUAUGCCGCUGAAGAACAUGACUCUGGACAGCCCGAAGCUGCAGAUACUUCCACUGUUAAGCCAGGCAGAGCGAAGACAGGCAAGGCGAAGCCAGUCAAGAAGAAUCCGGCCAAGAUAAAAAUCCCCCAGGCGAAGCCCGUGAAGUCAAGGCCCGCUGGUUGGUCCACCGAUGCGACGUCCACAGGCGCGGCGCCGACCAACGGGACCUCCACCGAUACCACGACCGCCGAGGCCACGACCACCGUGAUGCCGCCCAAUGUGAUGGUUGACGGUGCUGGUUUUGGGCAUGGUCGCCGUGGUGGUGGUGGCAGUGUCACCGGAGCUGGCCGCGCACAGGACCCCAGGGACCAUGGCGAGAAGGGAGACAAAGGAGACAAAGGAGACAAGGGGGCCAUGGACGCGGCCGAUGUGGCCGCCAGCAUCAUCGCCCUCCUUGGUGCCGGCGCGGCCGAGCAGGGUGAAGCUGGGGACCAGGAGAGGGGUAAUCACAAGGAGGGCCGCAGCCAGGAGGAGGGUGGCAACCAGCACGGGGCUGAGGGCGAGGCUGUGGGCCAGUACAAAGCCCAGGACGAGGAAGAGGAGGAGGGAGGAGGGGGCGAGGAGCCCGAGGAGCCCGAGGAGGAGGAAGGCGAGGACGAAGAGGAGGAGGGCGAAGAUGAGGAGGAGGAAAGGGGUGGGUGUGGGGAGGAGGGUGAUGGGUGUGAGGAAGAUGAUGACGAGGACGAGGGAGCCAAAGAGGAAGAGGAAGAGGAAGAGGAAGAGGAAGAGGAAGAGGAAGAGGAAGAGGAAGAGGAAGAGGAAGAGGAAGAGGAAGAGGAAGAGGAAGAGGAAGAGGAAGAGGAAGAGGAAGAGGAAGAGGAAGAGGAAGAGGAAGAGGAAGAGGAAGAGGAAGAGGAAGAGGAAGAGGAAGAGGAAGAGGAAGAGGAAGAGGAAGAGGAAGAGGAAGAGGAAGAGGAAGAGGAAGAGGAAGAGGAGGAGGGGAAUGGAGGGCAAGAGGGCGAUUGGGGCAAUGAGGAGGAGGGGGAGGACGAAGAGGAGGAGGGCCAGGGUUACGGCGACGGCCAGGGUUACACAGAGUAA